AUGGAAUCUACUCCAUCUAAGAGACUUGCUUUGGCCUUGAUGCAGACGAGAACGAAGAUAAUCCCAUACUGGAUACUCCGAGAGACAGAAGAGAGUAAACAUCAUCAAAAACUAUACAAUAUUUCACUGAGGAGAAAGGCCCGCGAGACAAACGCGGAGCUCGACGACGCCGCGUCUCGUGCUGCAGCUAGGUUCGCAAUUGGGCCCCGGGGGAAAUCUGGGCGGAGGGCCUUUACCUCCAACGAGCAUCGCACUCAGAUGUCCCAGUGGUCGGGCCUCUACAUCUGUCGUCUUUAUAGACACCAAGCUGUCAGGGCGAUGGCAUAUAGCGUUGGGUACAAGUCGUGCCAUUCGCCCAGGAGAAGGCAUUCGUGUCAACUGGAUCCCGAGGAUGCCGCAUCAGACCCCAGGGCCUCCAGGUCCUCCAGGGCCUCCAGUAUCGACACCAACAAGCUCGCUCAAGCCACAGUGGCUCAGAUAUACAGACGAGAACCCUGCAAAACGACUCGAGUAACGUCGACAGCUUCGAUGCCGGGCGAGACAGAUAGCCUUCUCAGAGAAGCGACGCCAACUCGGAAACCUCUGCGAGUGAAGAGUGUUACCCCUAAAGAUGCAAGCCGGAUAGCACGCCUCCUUACCGGUCCCCCCCGCGAAUCGUAUUCUUACUCGAUAGGAGAUUUUCUACAGCGGGUGUUGGUUGAUGAUCAAUCCACCGGCUUAUCUCGCUUUGCCUCAUCAAGCCCAACAACAUGGUUGAACUUUGGCAUUCUCACCACCGAUCGUUUCAAGGAGGCUGCCAAAGCCACAACCCACUCUGUUGGCAAGGGCAAGAUCUUACACGACGUCUGUUGGGCUGGAUCGAUUCUCUCUUCGCCAUUACCUCCAGAAGUCGACAAGACGCGUGUGAAACCAGCCCAAGACUGA